GCUAUGACUGGACAAGUGGCCACCCACAAGCUACGAGCAGCUGUGGAAGAAGCUUUAGAGUGGUCUCCUGAUUUCGAUCGGCUGGAGGGUGCGAAGAAGGUUCUUGCAAAGGAGGAGAAGCAAGAUGCUGCACGAGCUGCAAUGCAAGGUGCUCUAAUUACAAGAGAUCCGACAGAGCUCGCCGCUGCCAUCAGGCACGGCAGAGAGGCCGGACUGGAGGCAGUGAUUCCAGUGGUGCCGGUGCUAAAUGUCUUUGAUGUUGCAAUUUCUCUUCGAGCAUUGUCGGUGUUCCUGUCUCGGGUGAGAUUCGACUAG